AUGCAUACGGCCACAUCCAGUUUUCUAUAUGACUGUGUAGAUAGGACCCAUCCCCUACCACAAAAAGGAGUCACGGUUGUGGCAAAUGUGGCCAUGCCUCGCGAUCUUUACACAAAUAGCUACCGGACCUCGGACAUUGCCCCUUUUUUACCGGUACCCACGUUCUUCAUUCGGAAAUACGGCAAUAGAAGACUAAACAACACACCGGAACAUGGAAUCGUCAAUAUCGUCGCCCGGACCAGAACGAUGCUGGAUGCGUACAUCCAUAACAACGGAAUGAACAUGGUCAUCCCGCAAGUGAUGGAACCGGCCCCACCGGCACACCAACAACAAUCGGCUCUACUAGCCCACCAAGAACAGCACGAGCAGGAUCGACCAGAACAGCCAGAAGAUCAAUUUGGCCAUGGAGGAGUAGCAUAA